CCUAAUGACUCUUUAUUCAAAUAAGCAGUGGUGAGUCGGAAUUGAACGGGUCUCCUCUGCUGCGACAGUGACGCAGUCUCGGUGUGAAGCGGGCUGAGGAGGGAGCACGUGGUAAAUCUGAAGGCGGCCACUGCUGUCCACUUGGCACGCGUAAAAGUUCAACCGUUCUCCAACUAGAUGGGGUGAGACAGAAUACGCGUCAAAGCGCUCUGCACUCGCACCAAGCACAAACUCCCAGCUGAGACUUGUUGUUGAUGUUUUUGUUUCUGUGACAGGAAGACUUUUUGUUACUCUGUGUGGAUUUGUGAAAACAUUGCCUCUCUGUUGACCACAGGACAGUUGUUUUUUUUGUUGCUGUUUCCCGAUGAAGCAAUGAAUGUGUGAAUCUGAGCAGAGGAACCUGGGCUGAAGUGCGGUGGAGGUGCGAGAUAACCCUCAGAUGUUUUCAACUCUCCCGUUUUCCUCCACACAUUUAAGACUCGCACGUUCAGCUCGUGAACACCCAGCGGCACCUCAGCCCUGCGUACACCCGCGGUGCGACCACCGUGGCUGGGGAACCUGAUCAUCCGAGUAACGACUCUCUCUCUACCCCACGCCCCCUCUACCCCAUGCCGGUGGAGGCAUUUGAAUGGAUUUUCAUGGAUACUUUAUUGAAACUUGGGAGAUAGAAUCUAACGGUUUUCAAAUACGUGUUCGGGGCCACUUGGCUCGUGUGCGUAAAUGCUCUCCACAUUGAUCUUUACGCAAGAAAUGCGUCUACCUGGCGACAUUUAAAUCAAAUAUUUUCCAGUCUGUUUUUUAUUUUAAUUUUAAUUUAAUUUUUUUUUUUAGAUAUAAAGACAGUGGUGGAGAAGAUGAACCUGUGCGUCGUGAGUCUUCUUCUCACUUUGGAUUUAGCCACGGUGGCGCUCAGUCUGUCCACAUGCAGCACGCUGGACAUGGACCAGUUCAACAAGAAGCGCAUCGAGGCCAUCCGAGGGCUGAUCCUGAGCAAGCUGAAGCUCACCAGCCCGCCGGAGGACUUCCCGGAGCCCGACGAGGUGUCCCGGGACAUUGUCGCCAUUUACAACAGCACCAGGGACCUGCUGCAGGAGAAAGCCAACGAACGUGCGGCGACGUGUGAGCGGCAGCGCAGCGAGGAGGAGUAUUACGCGAAGGAGGUGUACAAAAUCGACAUGCAGCCUUUCUACCCGUCAGAAAACGUCAUCUCUCCUACACACUUCAACCCAUACUUCAGGCGUCUGACAUUUGAUGUCUCCUCCAUGGAGAAGAAUGCGUCAAACCUGGUGAAGGCUGAGCUCAGGAUCUUUCGUCUUCCGAACCAUGCGGCUCGAGUGUCUGAGCAGCGCAUUGAGCUCUACCAGAUAUUAGGACACAAAGAUCUGACAUCCCCAACGCAGCGGUAUAUUGACAGCAAGGUGGUACGAACACAAACAGAGGGAGAGUGGCUGUCGUUUGACGUCACAGAGGCAGUGAGUGAAUGGCUGAACCACAGAGAAAGAAACAGUGGAUUCAAAAUCAGCCUGCACUGUCCCUGCUGCACAUUUGUACCAUUAAAUAACUACAUUAUUCCCAACAAGAGUGAGGAGCUGGAGGCACGCUUUGCAGGUAUUGAUGACAGCUUCAUUCAUAGUGGUGACCUAAAGGGGUUUAGGAGGAGGAGACACAGCGCUCGAGCUCCACACCUGCUCCUCAUGCUUCUGCCGUCGUACAGGCUGGAAUCUCAGUCCCAGCACAAGAACCAUCGAUCCAAGAGAGCUCUGGACGCCGCCUACUGCUCCAAAAAUGUGCAGGACAACUGCUGCUUACGUUCCCUCUUCAUCGACUUUAAAAAGGACCUCGGCUGGAGGUGGAUCCAUGAGCCCAAGGGAUAUGAAGCCAACUUCUGUGCAGGGGCAUGUCCAUAUCUGUGGAGCGCUGACACCCAGCAUUCCAAGGUGUUAGGCCUUUAUAACACCAUUAACCCUGAAGCGUCCGCGUCGCCAUGUUGCGUUUCCCAGGACCUGGAGCCCCUCACCAUCCUCUACUACAUUGGCAAGACCCCCAAAAUAGAGCAGCUCUCCAAUAUGAAGGUCAAGUCCUGCAAGUGCAGCUAGAAGCCCGUACGAGUCCGAGCAAACACACAUCUCUCUGUGCACACACACUCACACACAAACACACAAGCAAACGCGGUCAGACCAGAACUCGCACUUGUUUGUGCACUACAAUACUGGCAGCAGUGUUUUUUCGCACAUACAGUCUCUGGAGAUGUGUGUCAGAGAACAGAAGUACAGAAACACGUCAGCGCUAGUCCAGUGCGAACACAACAUACAGGAGCGGGACUGUCACGAUACCCGGAACUUGACUUUGAUACCACUGCAAAGUGGCAGACGCACAGUAUUGUACUGAACGGUUAGGUUCACAGUGCCUCAUAUUGACAACAGCAGGUUCAGGCUGCUCUAUUCUGGUGUAGAGCCAACACUGGGCAAGUCUCACUGUCUGUGUGGCCAAAACAAUAAGAACUAUGACGAAGAACUAUGUCCACGUAUCACUCCACAAGCUUGUUUCAUAGCAAAGGUUCAGAUGCUCAUUGAUAUAAUCGUUCCAUUUGGAAACGAUUUACAAACCUGAUAAAAAAUGCAUAUCCUACUUAAGGUGCAGUACAUUUAUUGGCCAUUAGAUCUUCUUCUGUUAAAUUUGAUAUUCACAAAUAUAUCAUUAACAGCACAGCUGCCUGUCACAGAAUUGUAAAACAGCAAAAAGGUUAGUAAAAGGUUCACCUCCCUUCCCCCAUUUCACCUCACGAAUGCUUGUAUAAUAACUUUAUUAUUAUUAAUAACUUAUUACAUAGCAGUUUUUACAACAAAUUAAAAAAAACUACAGAAUAAAAACAGAGAAAGACAAAGGUCACACACAUUAAGACAUCAAACUGUGACCCAGUUAAAGCACACUUGGACAAAGAAAAGCACCAGUGGAGCCGUUGUUGCCUCUUUAAAUAACACAUUUUAUUUUAUUUUUUUCUUAUUUUAGAUAUCAUAGAUUCUUUACUUUGAUGACAGUCCUGGUUGUAGUUUGCAUUUCCUGCAUAUUCCAGUGUACUGACAUUCCAUUUCAUCUGGCUUUAGCAGUGGUAUCCAAGGCAUGAACUGCAGGCGACAUGCACACACACACACACACACACACACACACAGACAGACAGUACAGUACAUCCAUAUACACAGUAUAUGUGACGGUGACACAGACAACAGCUUUUGCACAGGUGUGUCUUUUGGUAUUUUGAAGGCCCUGGCAGCAACACGCAACACCUCACUCACUUGUCGCACCACGACACGAGAGUAAGGCAAACACUGGAAGUAUAAGUGAUAAGUGUCUAUAUGUGAAGAAAAGAAAAAAACAACAAAAAAACAUCGCCCCCCCCCUCACCCCAACAUUUAUCCACCAAUCAUCUCCCCCUCCCCCCCUUGACUCACCCGUCUUUACUGUCAAACCACAUCCUCAUUUCUGUGUUUGUUUGUUUUUAUCGCUCCAUUCCACUUAAGAUGUGUCUGUGCUUUUUGGUUUUAAGCCCCCCCCCCCCCCCGUUAAUUUGGAUUUAAGUGACGAGAUGAGAGGAGAGGGAGCAUCAAGUACACACUGAUGACAACGACUUUAUACAUUAUACAGAAGCAGUAUAGUUGCCUCAUCCACCAUAUAAGAAACAAACCAGUCUCUUCAAAGGAUCAUUUUUGGUUUAUUAAAACAAUGGUUUAUGACUCUCACUGUACUUUUAGAAGUAAAACCUGAAUCAGUCGAAGACAUGAAGAAAAACACCUAAUCCUACAGUAUAACGUAGUAGUCAUUUAUUCAUGAUAUGGUAGUUUUAUCCACUGACACAAGACAAAAAAGUCUUGUCAUGUGAAAGAUUAAAUAUAGGUCAGUUGCAGCCGGAUUAGAUUAUUCAUUAAUAUUAAUUAGUUAAUAGUCCACCUAUAGACGUUUAGUAACAUAUCAGUGCAGGUGCAAGUGCACCGUGUACUGGUGAUUGAAACAAUGCCAUGAAAUAAUGAACGAAAAUGAAACUAUAAUAUAAGUUUUAAGUCACAUUGUUAUUGUUUUUGGAUGAAGGUCUUUUUCAAAAUAAGAUAAACAAUAGAUAUACAGUACAGUACCUCAGUCAUGAAUGUUAAUGAUGUUCAAUAAUAGAAAUAUCUGAACACUGAAGGAAAGAGGAGAGAAAACCUCAGGUUUUAGUCCGGGCAAUGUCAGUUUGGAGAUUUGAAGAUUUUAGGAAGGUUGAUUUGUUCAUUUUGAACUGGCAUUCUGAUUGGUUACAUGUUUACCUGUCAGAAAGAAAGCAUUCAUUUGAACUGUCUAGUGUGCGAAGACCUGGUAAAAAAAGGGAACGAUUAAAUAUAACCAACAAUCCUAUGUUCUAAUACACCAGCAGAAUCUAUUUUAUAUGAACACAUAUGGUCUUGAUGUGCAGAGAGACAUCUGUCACGUUUACUGUGCUGUGCUUGGAAGACAAGUGAUUACACGUCAGCUCAGUCCCAUUCAUCGCUUGCCCCUGCCACUUUGCCCUACCCUUCCGUUUAGCACGUUCAUGUGUUCAUGCAUGUCCUGUUUCUUAUUGGGCUAGAGGAGUGUGAAGUGUACAGAGAUCGCUGUCCAGAAUCCCCCCGAUGAACCAAAUCCAAGGAAACUAAUGCUAUGUUAAAGUUAAAGUCUCUUGUACACCAUUUGGACAAGUUCCUAAUCAUUCUUGCAGUCCAUCGUAGCGAUAUAACAGCUUUUCUUCUCUCUUUCUUUAUCCAGCAGGGGUGUCCCAUUCCAUAGGGGUAGAUUUUAACCACUUCCAACAGGCAAGGGGGCAAGGGGCAGGGGUAAAAAUGAGAAAUUGGAUUGGGCCGUAAACAGAUGAGGAAAGGCAGUGAUGUCAUGUCGUGUCAUGCGUGGCCGCAGAGUAAAAGAUGUGGUGUUUUUGUGUAAGUGAUGGCGGAGCUAUAAUGCUCGGAGAAACAGUGAUGAUUUCAAUGAAAGAUGACAGAAGGUUAAGGUGUCAAUGAAGAGGAGACGAUCACGGACAGAUCCCAGCGUGUCCGUCCAUCAGCAGCUGCUUCUGUCGCUCGGUUUAAUCAGUGUCGUCUUGCUGCAAACACAGAACUUUCACUCUAACCACCGACCUGCAACAGUAACAACCUUUUGUUCCUUCAACAACAAAGAAAAGAAAAAAAAUGCACUGAUGCUGUUUUCAUUUUCUAUUUUAAAAUAUCUACGUUUCUUAGUUAGUCUGAAAUGCCCCCCCCCCCACCCCCCAUUUUUUUGUUUUUGUUUUUGUUUUUAAAGUGUUGAUGUAGGCGACCUGCCCCCCGGCCCCCCGGCCCCAGUGGGCGUUUAGUGCCAGUGGACUUUACGAGAGCUGGGCACCAACUCUGUCACGAUAGAGCUGUUAUUUUGUGUAGUUGUUGUUGUUGUUGUUGUUGUUUUGAUUAUGACGAUGUUGUUGUUAUUGUGAUCCACUAUGCUGUAUUGUAACACAGUAUUGUUGUGGUGCUCCAGUGGUAAAUAAAUUAUUUAAGUUUC